AUGGCUUCAAGCAUCUUUUCCAUUGCUCAGAAGUUAGCUUCGAUGAUAUCAAAUGAAGCUGAUUUCCUCUACGGAGUGCCCGAUCAGACCCAAUUGCUAUGCAACGAGAUCAGUUUGAUGACUUCUGCAUUGCAAGACGCCAAUGAGAAACGCAGAACAGGAAAUGAGGUGAAACAAUGGGUGAACCAGGUUAGAGAUGUUGUGAUGGAAGCAGAGGAUGUGAUUGACUUCUUCAUCUUUCGAGCAGAGCGACAACGGCACAAGAACUUCAUAACCAGGUACAUCUGCUACCCAAAUCAACUAUAUAAUCUCCACAAGUUAGGGAGUGAAAUAGAAAGUUCCAUUAAAAAGAUGAACCAGCUUUCAGUUAGGAGAUCUACUUUGGGGCUUGCAACUUCAGAGGUUGCAGGGCAAGGUUCAGUUGGUAUGAUCACCAAUGAACAAGGCGUUCUACCUUUUCUACGACGGGGAGAUCUUGUGGAAGAAUUCUGUGUCAUCGGAUUUGAAAAGGAAGAGAAAGAAAUAGCUAAGAAGUUGCUAACACCCAUAAAGCUGGCCCCGGGGCCCUGUCCUAGUGUUGUUUCAAUAGUAGGAAUGGGUGGUAGUGGCAAAACCACCCUUGCUAGAAGGAUCUAUAGAAGAUAUGAUGUUAAGGAGCAUUUUCAGACUCGUGCCUGGAUUUCUGUCUCUCAACAAUACAAUUUACAAAAUCUUCUCCAGGUCAUUAUAGAACAGAUCCAACCCCUCACCCAUGAGGGGAAGAAGGAACUAAAGGAGCAAAAUGUGGAAAGCUUGAUCCAUAGGCUCUCAAGUCACUUGAAAGAAACAACCUACCUAAUUGUGUUCGAUGACUUAUGGAGGCUUCAAGACUGGAACAUGUUGAAACAAGCCCUUCCAGUCCAGGGAGAAAGAUAUCAAAGUAGGGUGAUGGUUACCACUCGCAUCGAAACUGUAGCAAGAUGUGCAGAUCCCACCACGACUCCCUAUUUCCAGCGCCUUUUGGACGAAGAUGAGAGUUGGAAGCUCUUCUUGAUAAAGGUGAUGACUCGUAAGGAUGCAGAUUGCCCUGAAGAUUUAAAGGAUUUGGGAAGGAAACUUGUCCACAAGUGUUGUGGAUUGCCACUAGCCAUUGUCGUAUUAGGUGGUCUCUUAUCCAUUAAACCAAAGAAUCAUAAUGCCUGGUCCAAGGUUCUUGAUAGCAUAAAUUGGGAGCUAAAUCAGAAUGAAGGGAAUUGCCAACAAGUAUUGGCUUUGAGUUAUACAGACCUACCGGAUCAUUUGAAGCCUUGUUUCCUCUAUUUAGGUAUUUUCCCAGAAGACUCUGAAAUUCGGCGUCGUAGGUUGAUCUGGCUAUGGGUGGCAGAAGGAUUCAUACAACCAAGGGGACGCUUGAUGAUAGAAGAUGUGGCCGAGGAUUACUUGGAGGAGCUCAUCCAAAGAAGCAUGAUUCAAGCAACCAUCCGAAGUUAUGAUGGUCGUGUCACAUUUCUCCGUAUCCAUGAUCUUGUUCGAGAUCUAGCAAUUACAGAAGCUAAGCAGGAGAGAUUUCUUGAAGUUCUUGGGAGUGAUAAUUUGAUUUCCCCAAAUAAACCUCGUCGGAUUUCCAACAUUGAAUAUACUGGAGGCAUGUAUGGUGGUCUAGCUAAUCAUCCUCGUUCCUUAUUGUGCUUCUCUAGAGAUAUUGAGAUAAACAUGAUCAGGAUGAAGUCUUUUUAUGGAGCCAUGAAACUACUUAGAGUCUUAGAUCUUGAGGAAGUGUAUCUUGGUGAUACACCUAGUAGGUUACUCGAACCAAUUGGAAAGCUCAUCCUCCUUAAGUACUUGAGCUUUCGAUGUACCUAUGUAAGAGAACUUCCCUCUUCAAUAGGAGACCUACAGAAUUUACAAACAUUGAGUUUAAGUAGUACUCGUCUCAGACAAGUGCCUAAGAUGAUAAUGAAACUGCAGCAUCUAAGAAAUCUUACUAUAUCUAGUUUUGUUAGACUUGAACCCCAAAGCUUUGAUAGCCCUCUUGAUCACAUGGUGGAGUUGCAGACAUUAAUGAUAGGUGUAGGAAAAUGGAUGUAUGGUAUGGACAAGUUGACUAAUCUGAGAGCACUACAUAUAGUUUCUACAGGUCUCUCUUCAUAUAAAGAUACAUUGUUAAAUGCCAUCCCCAAAUUGAACCACCUUCGGGGUCUUUCUCUGUUUGGAGACGUUUUUGAGCCAGUAGUCCUUCCUAUUUCAUUUUCUGAACACUUGGAGCUCUAUCAUAUGGAAUUACAAGGAAUAAUUGGAAUUCAAGAUUUUCCCUCCAAUCUUACUACCUUAAUAUUGAGAUUUCAGAUAGGACAACACAUGGAGGAACUGAUGGAGAACCUAAAGAAGCUGCCCAAACUAAGGUGCCUCAUCUUGUUUCAGGCAUAUUUAGGAUUCAAAAUCAUUUUCUCUGCUGAUGGGUUUCGUCAACUUGAGGAAUUAGGGUUGAUUAACUUAGAUGACUUAGAGGAGUUCAUGGUGGAAGAAGGAGCAUUACCAAACCUUAGGAUUUUGAGGAUUGUACGAUGUUCUACGUUAGGAAGGCUUCCACAUGGGUUGAAACAAGUAGUCACUCUUCAAGAAUUUACUUUGUCAGGUGUGUCACAAGAGCUGGAAGAUAGGGUCAUUGAAGAUGCAGGAGAAGAUUGGGAGAUCAUCAAACACAUACCCUCCAUUAGAACUAAAUCAAAAUGGACUAAUUCAGAAUGCAUGAAGGAUGUUCAACAAUUUUCUGAUCAAUGGUCUUGA